UUUCAACAAUUCUAGCACCUAUUUGGGCAACCUUCUUUUUGGACACGACCUUUAUCCAACAUGUUUAUAGAGUCUCCCGUAAAAUUCACUUGCUUAAUAUUUAAUUGCUUGCUUAAAUGCGGUUUGCUUUGCUGGUUUCGCACUGGUCUUUAUGUUGAACAAUUAAUGAGGCAGGAAUUUAAGUGUAGACAAAUUAAUAAAUGAAUAUUUCACGAGCUCAAACUUGUGCCACGCAAAUUUCAAUCCCUUAAAUAGAUCCUUAAUCCUGUUAAUUAUGGGCAGGAUUGACUUAAAUUCUGGCAAAGUUUUAAUGAGUUUAACAGCAAGGUAUCUCCAUACUGUUUAAUAAUCCGUAAUCGGCUUAUGUGCGCAGGAUUAAUAUUAAUUAAAGUUUUGUUUGAAUUUCCUGGCAGGAACCCCAUCUGCGAAUUUCGCUCUAUAUGUUUUUGCACAAUUUGAACGAAACGUGGUAAUGUAAGCAGAUGGGGCGAAACCAAUAAGUAUUCCUCAACGGCUGACUGUUUGUCCUUCCAUAAGAUUUAUUUGCUCCAAUAACAGCCCCAUGGAAAUGAGCAAGGACCCAAAAGAGAGAUGUCGAGCAGUGCGGUGGACAAACCACAAGACUUUGUUUUGUCGGAAAUUGAAAAAUGGGCUUAGUCCUUAAGGCUGUGUGCUGGGUGGCCAGCAAGAAGCAAAAGUAGAUGGCCAAAAAAUGGAAUGACAAAUCUUGGCAACCGCAAAAGCCCCACACUCCACUCUUGCGUACGAAAAACGUUUGGCUUAAAAAUUCCAUUUAGCGGCUUAUUAUCAUGCUUCAUUUCUCAAAAUUUGUCCUUAUUUGAAAGUGCCCACAAAAGUUGGCAACGUCCUGGAAUCUGUGAGCCAGGUGAACUGUGAGUUUGGCAUGUGAGACUUGUCGGCCGGCCAUUUUGCAUGAUUUAAAUCAAAAUGGAAUCGCAGCUCGCAGACAGAUGUUGCAUGACGAUGUCCUGUAGCGCAGUGCAGGCCGUCUGGGUUGGGUAAUUAAAAUGUAUAUUUAUGACAGCGACUUAGCGUCGUAAUUAUGAUUGCCCUCCGACAAUGUCAAACGCAGCCAUCAGCACACUUUCUGAGACUUCAUAUAUCUUGAAUGUUCUCUCAUUUUUCUUACUUCCUGCUAGGGCCUAGUAAAAUAAAAUCUUGUAUGUAUCGAAAUAUAUGAGACUUAGAUGUCAAGCACUACAAAUCUCCUUAAUUCAUUUUAGAGAUGAAACACACAUAACUCGAUCCCUAGUGCUCACUGAUGUAUCGCUCAUUUCAGCAAUCCAACUCAAUAAAAUUUCGUAGUAUUCAGUGUCUGCGCCCUUGGCAUACAUAGCGUGGCUUUUGAUUUUUAUCCUGCAAGUUAUUACUAUAGAAAAAGGAGCUUUGUGCAAACUAACGAUGCCUGGACAAUACAGCAAAUACAAGUGCACUCGAUUGAUAAUGACGGUGCUCCGGUCGUAUCUGAGCAUACUGUACCUAUGGGGAAUUUUGCAAUUGGCUGCCAUCACUCCGAUUCCCUGUGAGAUCUGGGACACAUCAUUCUGGUUCGCAACAAGGUCCUAUAAAGUUGCCUACAAGUCGUUUUUUACUAAUGAUCUGACGAUGUCGUUGUGUGUUUGCAUUAUGAUUCUCGGUGUGCUGAUCAAUCUGUACCAAUGCUGUCGCUGCAGACUACUUGGAGCCCGAAUUUGGACAGCAGGAGUGGCUCCGCCGCCCAUAUAUAAACCCAUUUUGAUCUUGACGAUACCCUAUAUCUCAGUCUUCGUCCUUACCUGGCUAAUCACCACCAACGCCACGUAUCGGGGCAUCAUCUUUGUGGCUCAGAGUGAAGUGGGUGACAUAAGCGGCAGGGCGAUCUGUCUAUUGGUCAUCGGUCUGCUAAUGAAGCUUCUAGUUUUGGCCAAUUUCUACUCGGUUUGCAUACGCAUCUGGGCGUACUUGAAUAUCUUGAAUAUUGGCUCGAAUGAAUGGCUUGAAAACAACUAUAAUUUUGGCGAUCACCUCAAUUUGUUCUUUUGCGUUUGAUAAGUUGUGUAUAUUUUUAGCGAAAAAUAAAAAUCCCUUUUCUCCAGCAUAACUGAAGCGA